GGGAAGCUGGGGUCACUUCCUGCUCCGUCCCAGUCACCCUGAACUGGUCCCCGGGUCCUCAGCCUGGAAUCACCCCCGGCGCAGGACCCCAGAGUCCUCGGCGUCCGCCGCCCCCCGCGGCGGGGCGUCGCAGGGGCCGAGUCCCCGGGCGGAUUCCGCCCCCCGGCUUCUCCCAGACCCCCGCGCCGGUCCCUGGAGCCCUCAGCAGUCCUGAGCUCUGGGAUGGAGCCGGAGACUGUGCUGUGGGGGCCGGAUCUGCAGGGUCCCGAACAGAGCCCGAACGAUGCUCACAGAGGUGCCGAGAGUGGGAACGAAGAGGAGAGUCCUCAGCAGGAAAGUUCUGGGGAGGAGAUCAUCUUGGGAGAUCCAGCCCAGAGUCCAGAAUUCCAGGACCCACCAGAGAUGCCCCCGGAGAGACCCUCCCGGGAUCCCUCCGUCCCCCAGGACUCCCCAACCCCCCCGGGCCACUCUGACCCCUUGGACCCGACCCCUCCGGACCCCCCAGCCCCCGAGGUAGUCCCGACCCCAUCUGACUGGACCAAGACCUGUGAGGCCAGCUGGCAGUGGGGGACCCUCACCGCGUGGAACGCCCCCCCGGGGGUCGCGGCCAGCGAGCCCAGCCUGCGGGAGCUGGUGCAGGGCCGCCCGUCCGGCGCGGAGAAGCCCUACAUCUGCAACGAGUGCGGCAAGAGCUUCAGCCAGUGGUCCAAGCUGCUGCGGCACCAGCGCAUCCACACGGGCGAGCGGCCCAACACCUGCUCCGAGUGCGGCAAGAGCUUCACGCAGAGCUCGCACCUGGUGCAGCACCAGCGCACACACACGGGCGAGAAGCCCUACAAGUGCCCCGACUGCGGCAAGUGCUUCAGCUGGAGCUCCAACCUGGUGCAGCACCAGCGCACGCACACGGGCGAGAAGCCCUACAAGUGCACCGAGUGCGAGAAGGCCUUCACGCAGAGCACCAACCUCAUCAAGCACCAGCGCUCCCACACGGGCGAGAAGCCCUACAAGUGCGGCGAGUGCCGGCGCGCCUUCUACCGCAGCUCGGACCUCAUCCAGCACCAGGCCACGCACACGGGCGAGAAGCCCUACAAGUGCCCCGAGUGCGGCAAGCGCUUCGGCCAGAACCACAACCUCCUCAAGCACCAGAAGAUCCACGCGGGCGAGAAGCCGUACCGCUGCACCGAGUGCGGCAAGAGCUUCAUCCAGAGCUCGGAGCUGACGCAGCACCAGCGCACGCACACCGGCGAGAAGCCCUACGAGUGCCUCGAGUGCGGCAAGAGCUUCGGCCACAGCUCCACCCUCAUCAAGCACCAGCGGACCCACCUGCGCGAGGACCCCUUCAAGUGCCCGGUGUGCGGCAAGACCUUCACGCUGAGCGCCACGCUGCUGCGGCACCAGCGCACGCACACGGGCGAGCGGCCCUACAAGUGCCCGGAGUGCGGCAAGAGCUUCAGCGUCAGCUCCAACCUCAUCAACCACCAGCGCAUCCACCGCGGCGAGCGGCCCUACAUCUGCGCCGACUGCGGCAAGAGCUUCAUCAUGAGCUCCACCCUCAUCCGCCACCAGCGCAUCCACACGGGCGAGAAGCCCUACAAGUGCGCCGACUGCGGCAAGAGCUUCAUCCGCAGCUCCCACCUCAUCCAGCACCGGCGCACGCACACCGGCGAGAAGCCCUACAAGUGCCCCGAGUGCGGCAAGAGCUUCAGCCAGAGCUCCAACCUCAUCACCCACGUCCGCACCCACAUGGACGAGAACCUCUUCGUGUGCUCCGACUGCGGGAAGGCCUUCCUGGAGGCGCACGAGCUGGAGCAGCACCGGGUGGUCCACGAGCGGGGGAAGACGCCGGCCCGGAGAGCUCAGGGCGACGGCCUGCUGGGGCUCGGCGACCCCGCCCUGCUGACCCCGCCGCCGGGAGCCAAGCCGCACAAGUGUCUCGUCUGCGGAAAGGGCUUCAACGACGAGGGCAUCUUCAUGCAGCACCAGAGGAUCCACAUCGGGGAAAACCCCUACAAAAACGCAGACGGUCUCACCGCACACCCCGCCCCCAGACCCCCGAGGCUCCCUUUCGGAGGGAACUCCUACCCAGGUGCUGCAGAGGGCAAAGCCGACCCCCCAGGACAGCCCUUGAAGGGGCCUGAGGGUCAGGAGAGCUUCAGCCACAGGCUGGGGCUGCUCUCCUCCAAGUCCUACAUUUGUUCCCACUGUGGAGAAAGCUUUCUGGAUCGCUCGGUGCUCCUCCAACAUCAGCUCACCCAUGGCAACGAAAAGCCCUUUCUCUUUCCUGAGUACAGAAUUGGCCUCGGGGAGGGGGCAGGGCCCAGCCCCUUCCUAAGCAGGAAGCCCUUUAAAUGCCCUGAAUGCAAAAAAAGCUUUGGUCUCAGCUCUGAGCUGCUGCUGCACCAGAAAGUCCAUGCAGGCGGGAAGAGCUCCCAGAAGAGUCCGGAGCUGGGGAAGAGCUCUUCCGUCCUCCUGGAGCACCUCAGGAGUCCCCUGGGGGCCAGGCCCUACAGUUGCUCAGAUUGCGGGGCCUCCUUCCUCGACCGCUUGGCCCUUAUCCGGCACCAAGAAACCCAUGCCCAAGAAAAGUCCCCCAGUCCUGAGGAACCCCUUCCAGAGCCAGCCACCCUGCCCACAAGCCAGGAAGGUGAGGGAGAGGCCCCCACACCCACAGAGCGCAGCAGCCACAAGGAAGGGGGAAGCCCCAAAACCCUCUUGGAAGAAAAACCCUAUCUGUGCCCCGAGUGUGGAGAUGGCUUCACAGAAGUCGCAGCCCUCCUGCUCCAUAGGAGCUGCCACCCGGGUGUCUCUCUGUGAAAUGGGUCUGGAGACCAAGAACCUCUCUCUCCAAGAGGAACACUGGAUCCCCCAAAAUUAUGUGGGGGGAAAGGAGGACAACCCUAUCAGACUGUAGAGAAGGAGAAAGACCCUGGGAAAAACUAGUGCUUUUAUGUCAGUGAUGAGAACCCCUAUAAAAUUGUUGGUGAGAACCACAUAUAAGGCAGUAGAGAUAAACUGUUGGGUUAGAAACCCUAUAAAUAUGUAGGACAAAAAAAAGCCCUUUAAGUCUGUAGCAGAAAACCCUAUAAACCGUAGUGGAUAAAAGCCCUAUUAAUUGUAGGAAGAGGUCCCAAUAUGUCUCUAAACAACCCUAUAAAACUGCAUCAAAAUCCUAUAGGGUCAGAGAAGUGCAGGGAAUACAGCAAUGACACUGACUUGGGAGGAGUGACCCUCAGAUGGUGUAGACAAUGCCUCCCAUUCACUUGUUCCACAGUGUCUCUCCCACAGGAGUAUGGGAGAGGGCCUCUCUCCCAGCAGGCUUGGACAGUUACACUGAGGGAAAUGCUCAGCUGGGAAA